AUGGACCCCAACACCAUAGACGCUCUUCUUGAGCGAUAUCUCACUUUGCUGGACGAGUACACCACCCUGCGCGUGAAGCUGGGCCAGCUCCACACCAGCAUGUUCCAGCACCUGGCCCGCGCCAACUUCUCAGCCGAGAGAGGCAUGCGAUACGGCCCAGACUUCUACGACGAGAGAAUGCAAGCGCUGCGACAGGUCAGCAUCAGCACGGAAGGGAGCCUGCCAGUCUUCAGCGUGUCGCACAGCGUCCGGGGCCGGGGCGACGAUGCGCCCCAUGAUCCUCCGUCAGAUCCUCCAGCUGAGGCGGCUGAGGCACCGGGCGAGGCCGCACCUGCCAGUGGCGACAAAGCUGAAGGGGAGGCGGACCCAAAGAAGCAAAACGCAAGGGACCCUCUCCGAUGGUUCGGCGUGCUCACGCCACUGUCUCUGCGGCAGACCCAGGCCUGUGCCGUCGAAGCUGUCGAGCAGGUCAUCCCGCGGCUGGUGUCUUUAAAUGCCGAGAUGCAGGAUGUCGAGAUUCAGGUCCGCAGGGCAAGGAAGAAGAGGGCCAAGGAAAGGGCUGCCGCAGCGAGGCAACAAGAGCAGCCGCAGCAGCAGCAGGCAGUCGCUGGAGACGAAUUGGCCGCCAAGUGA